AUGGAAGUGUUUCUUAUGAUCAGGCGAAAGAAGACCACCAUCUUCGCUGAGGCCCAGGAGUCGAGCACGGUCUUAGAGCUGAAGCGUAUUGUCCAGGGCUUCCUGAAGAAGCCUCCUAAGGAUCAGCUCCUGUUCAAGGACAACCAGCUCCUUGAAGAGAGGAAAACUCUGCGUGACUGUGGCAUCACUGGCCGGAUAGCAAAGCCUGAGGACCCAGCCAUCCUGACCUUGGAAUUCAGGGAAGAUGCCUUUCAACUCCUGCAUGCCAGCCCUUUUUCUUGUCCACUAAUUGGAGGUGUGCUGAAAAAUGGUCUAGACUUCAAGAGAGAUUAGGAACAAGUUAUGCAGUGAGGGCCCCAGGCCCACUUCCUAGGAAUUCACUUCCUGAUAAAGAUGUGACUGUCUUUCUACAUUAA